CACGUGGGUCCCACAUGACGUCAGCGCGGCGACGGAAGGAAGGGGUUUGACGUCAUGACGCGUGCGCCCAGGGCGCUGCUGCUCGCCGGAGCCCCGCGCCGGUACCGGGUCUCCGGGCCCGAUCCCGACCGGAUCCAGCGGCUCCGCAAGGAUGGGAACGGGAACACCGGAAACGGGAGCACCGGAAACGGGAACACCGGAAACGGGAGCACCGGAAGUACCGGAAGCGGCAGCCCCGCCCCCGGCGCCCCCAUCCGCAUCGCGCUCCCCGGAGGCCGCUUCCUGUCCGGGCGGGCCCUGCAGACCACACCCUUCCGGCUGGCGGCGGAGAUGGGGGCGGCGGAGGCAGUGCUCGUGGCCAGGGUGAACGGGGCCCUGCAGGACCUGGAGCAGCCGCUGGAGGGCGACAGUGACGUGGAGCUGCUGGACUUCAGCUCGGCCGAGGGGCGAGAGGCCUUCUGGCGCUCGGCUGCCUUCGUGCUGGGGGCAGUGCUGGAGAAGUUCUAUGGGGCCACAUUCUGCCGCGCCAGCACCACCGAGGACGGCUUCCACUGCGACGUGCACAUGGGCGACCGGACGGUGGCGCGUGGGGAGCUGCAGGCGCUGGAAGGGGCAUGUGCCGCAUUCACCAGCGCUGGGCACCGGUUCGAGCGCAUGGAGGCACCGAAGGAACGGGUCCGGGAGCUGCUGGAGCACAACCGGUUCCAGCUGCAGCAGCUUGAGGCUCUCCCGACCCCCUCGGUCACUCUCUAUAGGUGUGGGUCACAGCUCCAGCUCUGCCGUGGGCCCCUCCUGCGGCACACAGGGCUCAUCGGGGCCCUGCGCGUCCUCUCGAGCUCCUCAGCACUAUGGCAGGGCCUCGGCUCCAUCUCUCUCCAACGCGUCACUGCAGUCGCCUUCCCCAGUGCCCGAGAGCUCUCCCAAUGGGAACAGGCGCAGGAGGAGGCAGCACUCAGGGACCACCGGCGCCUGGGCAGGGAGCAGGAGCUUUUCUUCUUCCACGAGCUCAGCCCUGGCAGCUGCUUCCUCCUGCCCCGAGGUGCUCACAUCUACAACACACUCGUGGACUUCAUCCGGAGCCAGUACCGCAUUCGGGGCUUCCAGGAGGUGGUGACCCCAAACCUGUUCCACCCUCGCCUAUGGGAGCUCUCCGGCCACUGGCACCACUAUGGCCCCAACAUCUUCUCCUGCUCUGCCGGCCCCGAGACACUGUCCCUCAAACCCAUGAACUGCCCUGCGCACUGCCUCAUGUUCGCUCACCGGCCGCGCUCCUGGCGGGAGCUGCCCCUGCGCCUGGCGGACUUUGGGGUCCUGCACCGCAAUGAACCCAUAGGGACCCUAACGGGGCUGACCAGGCUGCGGCGCUUCCAGCAGGACGAUGCACACAUCUUCUGUGCCAUGGACCAGCUGGAGCAGGAGAUUGGUGCCUGCCUGGACUUCGUGCGUGAGGUCUAUGGGGUGCUCGGCUUCUCCUUCCGUGUGGCUCUGGCCACCAGGCCCCAGGGCUUCCUGGGGGACCCCGAGACCUGGGACCGGGCAGAGAAGAUCCUGGAGCGGAGCCUCAGCACCUUCGGGCACCCCUGGGAGCUGAGUCCCGGUGAUGGAGCCUUUUAUGGCCCCAAGAUCGAUAUCCGGAUCCGGGAUGCGUUGGGAAGGCAGCACCAGUGCGGAACCAUCCAGUUGGACUUCCAGAUGCCGGAGAGGUUUGGGCUCCAGUACAGCAGUCCGGGGGGUGUCCGUCUGACUCCGGUGCUGCUGCACCGAGCGGUGCUCGGCUCCGUCGAGCGCCUCCUGGCGGUGCUGACCGAGAGCUGCGGCGGCCGCUGGCCCCUGUGGCUCUCCCCAAUGCAGGUGAUGGUGAUACCGCAGGCACCUGACAUCGAGGGCUAUGCCCGGGAGGUGCAGUCUGUGCUGCGGGGGGGGGGCCUGAUGGCCGACCUGGAUGCAGACCCUGGAGCCACCCUGGCCCGGAAGAUCCGCAGGGCCCAGCUCUCCCAGUACAACUUCCAGAUGGUGGUUGGAGCCCGGGAGCGAGCGAGCGGCACCGUGAGCAUCCGGACACGGGAGAACCGGGAUGUGGGGCAGCAGGAGCUGGGGCUGGUGCUGCGGAGGCUGCAGGAGCUGCGGGAUGAGCGGGUGUGGGAUGCGGAGAGAUGCUUCUGACCCCCCCACGGCCAUUAAAGAGCU